GUGGUGCUUGCAAAUGGAUCGCUUGUAGAUGCCAACUUGGGAACCUAUCCCAAGCUCUACUGGGCGCUGAGAGGGGAAGGCAUCACUUUCGCAAUUGUCACCCGGUUCGACAUGUACGGGAUCCCCCUCGUCAACAUGUGGGGAGGCCUACGGAACUAUACCAAGGAGUGGAUUCCCACCAUCGUCGACAUCUAUGUUGAGCUAGGUUUCCACUCCCCAUUAGAGCCCUCCACCUCGCAGAUCACAACCUUGUUCUACCGGGACGAUGAGUAUACCGCCGCAGUCCAUCUCACCAACACCGACCCCGAACCGAGCCCGCUGCUCUACGACACGGGGCUGGCCCAAGUACCCUACACGAGCGACACAUACUCCAUCACGCGCCAAUCCCAGCUGGCCCAAGACCUGACCGACGGCCAACCGAACGGGCUGCGUCAGACCUACUGGACCGCCACUCACCUCCUCGACCGGGCGCUCGCGCACUUCAUCCACCAGGUCUUCGAGGAAGAGACCACCGCCCUGGGCCCCCUCGACGGGCUCGAGGCGCGCUGCAUCAUGCAGUUCUUUGCGAACAAUACCCUCCACCCCAUGACUAAAAACGGGGGCGACGCGCUUCCGAUCGCUGGGGGCGAUCAGCCACUCAUCAUCGUUAACCCGGCCUUCCGAUGGCAGCUGGCGAGCGAUGAUCUAAAGGUUAUGCAGGCUAAUCAGAACCUGUUCACGCGCGUCAAGUUUUACGCCCGGCAGCGGGGCCUUGACGUUGCAUUCCUGUACAUGUCGUAUGCCAGUGAGUUCCAGAAUGUGUUCGCGACCUAUGGCCAGAGGAAUCUCGAUCGGUUGCGUGAGGUAGCGAGAACGUAUGAUCCGGAUGGGUUUUUUCAGGCGCAGACACCGGGGUAUUUCAAGCUUAACGGGCGGGUGGGCUGGUGA